UUGGGAAACGAACGCAUCCCAGUUGGUCACCGGAUGCUUUGCAGUGUGUCUGGCUGUAUAUAGAGCUCCCUCGUUAGAGACGAAAAAAAAACGGGAAAAGAAAGAGGGAGCUCUGGAGAGAAAAAAAGUGCUCGGGAUAUGGACUAUUCACCCGUCCGAAAUAUGCGUUUUCGCAAGGAGAACCAUUCAGUCGCAAUGCCUUCGCCGAGGGAAGUGCCCGAAGUGAUCAUCACAGCCAGUAAAGAUGUGGACGAGAACAAGGAACGGGGCAAUUGGACGUCCGGUGUGGAGUUUCUACUGUCCUGUCUCAGUUAUGCUGUGGGCUUGGGCAAUAUAUGGAGGUUUCCCUACCUGUGCUAUAGGAAUGGAGGAGGAGCUUUCCUCAUCCCUUACUCUAUCAUGCUUUUCUUUGUGGGUCUCCCACUCUUCUUGAUGGAGCUGUCCUUCGGUCAGUAUGCCAGCGAAGGACCCAUCACAAUUUGGAAAAUAUCUCCGCUUUUUCAAGGAAUUGGCUACGCUAUGUUCCUCAUGACAACACUUGUGGGUGUGUACUACAACAUGAUAUUGGCGUGGUCUCUCUUCUAUCUUGUUUCUUCGCUGGCCACGCAGCUACCAUGGAGCUCCUGCGACAACUGGUGGAAUACGAACGCAUGUCGCAGGUUUGACACCAAGAACUGCACGACACACGGCGGAGUGCAUCUCGCAAAUGGUACGUGCGUCUUUAAGGACCAAGUGGAUCCUUCUGUCUGGGAGCAGGUGGCCAACUCUACAGACAACACCAAAAUGGCCAGCGACGAAUUCUUCCAUAACUACGUCCUGGACUUGACAGAUGGAUUGCACGACUUGGGAGGCCUUCGUUGGCAACUGGUAGUCUGUUUACUGGUGUGUUGGGUAGUCGUCUUCCUUUGCCUCUCCAGGGGUGUCAAGACCAUGGGAAAGGUGGUAUACUUCACUGCUCUAUUCCCUUACGUGGUCCUCGUCAUUCUGCUGAUUCGAAGCUGCACUCUUGAAGGCUCCUACGAUGGUAUUAUGUUCUACCUGACUCCCCAGUGGGAACGGUUGCGAGAAGCCAGGGUGUGGGGAGACGCUGCAAUGCAGAUCUUCUUUUCGUUGUCACCGUGCUGGGGAGGCCUCAUCACUCUUGCGAGUUACAAUAGGUUUCAUAACAACUGCUACAGGGACACGCUGUUUAUCUGCUUCGGCAAUUGCGGCACAAGCUUCUUUGCUGGCUUCGUCAUUUUCAGCAUCGUCGGCUUCAUGGCCCACAAGUUGGGUGUGCCCGUGUCCGAAGUGGCUGCCCAGGGAGCCGGUCUGGCUUUCGUCGCGUAUCCGGAGGCCGUCACCCAUUUACCGCUACCACCGCUCUGGGCUUUCCUCUUCUUCUUCAUGCUCAUGACUUUGGGGAUGGGAACUCAGUUUACCCUCAUCGAGACCGUCGUGACGACCAUCGUAGACACGUGGCCCGAUAAACUUCGUCACCGAAAGCCGCUGGUGCUGCUCGGCUGCUGCAUCGUCCUUUUCCUCGCUGGUCUCGUCAUCUGCACAAAUGGUGGGAUGUACAUCCUGCAGCUGAUGGACAACUACUGCGCCAGUUUCUCGGCACUUAUGAUCGGAUUGACGGAAAUCAUCGUCAUAGCCUGGGUCUACGGCAUCGACCGCUUUAUGGAUGAUAUGAAAGUGAUGCUCAACCACUACCCGUUCCCUCAUAUGUACUGGAGGUUUGUCUGGAAAUACCUGGUCCCGUUACUGAUUAUUUUCAUACUGGUGUUCUCGUUUAUCGCCAUGCCAUCGACAGAGUACGGUUCUUACGUGUACCCGUCUUGGGCGACUGGUCUGGGUUUCCUGCUGUCUUUCGCUUCUGCUAGUGCCAUACCGGCUGUUGCAAUCUUCAAGGUGUACCAUGCCAAGGGACCCAUAAUGACGAGAAUCAAGACCCUGGCGCAACCGACCCUCGACUGGGGUCCCAAACUCCAGAUCCAUCGCAUGGAAACUCACAGUCCGAAACACACGGACUCUCAGGUACCACUAGCUCUGCCGAGCGAAAACCAAGACGACGACGACGACGACGAGGGCGGUUAUCCCGUCUACUACAACAAACCGGACAACGGGGACUCAGAAUCGGAAGCUGGCGGAAUCAACCUCAACAUCCCAAAGAACCGCUAUGAGACGGGUCUCUGAGGGUUCCCGGCACAGAAGCCGCAGAACUCAGCUGUAGCGAAGCGCCGCAGAAGCGACAGUUGGUAGUUAACAUCCAAGACCAACCCAUUGACACCCGGCAACUGCAGUCAUCCCUCCCUCUGCUGGUCAUUCCUCCACCGAGUGCCUUGUCCUCCCCUGGACUCUCCGAGGGAUGACUGCAGUGGUUGACACGCACUCUAUGUACAGAACUCUGAGAGCAGCAAUGUCACAGUCUUCCAAGCCGGCGUGCAUCCGCAGGCGCACUGGGCGAAAACCGAGACCAAUUUCGUCGUCGGAUUAGCUUGCCGGAAACGUGUCAAAAACACUGCAAGAGUAUAGGGUAUACACGUAUAGGGUGAGUCAGCCGCAAGAUAGGACUGCGGAUAAUUCCGGAAAUAUCCUAGGCAUGGUGCUGGAACAGAACGCUACCGUCCUCGGCCCAGAGCUGAGCAAUCCAGCAUGCUAAGUUACCGAGUAGUACAUGGCACGCUUGUCGCGAUGCCACAACCCUUUGGCUUGCGCCAUUAUGACAGGAAAAGCCACGAGUGCGCAUGAGCGCACUCGAACGACUUGGACAACAUGCGUCCCUCUGGAGCCCAAUUCGUAUCUUCUCUGUCGGUACAACUGGUCAAGGUAGCGCAGCGCAUGCGAUCGCAAUAUCCCGUCACUCUUUCUCGCGUCAUAAUUAAGUUUAUUGUGGUCGCAGAAGGUCGCUAUACAGGGUGUUUUCUUUUUAGUUCGUUACCCAUUUUUACUUGGUUAAGAAACCAAGCGCAUGAGGAGUGCAGGAAAUGUCAUGACCUCCAGCAGAUCAGCUCCAUCGCUAGAAAGCACGUGGUCCUCGUGCGCGGAGUAGGCGUUGUUCCCCCCAGUGCUCGAGACACUUCUUUUGGUGUCGGUUUUUUGGGCAGCAAAAUUUGGCGAUGGAUGCAUCAAAGUACGUUUCGAUAUUUUUUUAAAUAAAUAAGGUAAUUUACUGGCUCCGAUUCUGCUGCUCCACAUUUCCUCGAAAAACUUAAUGAAGAAGUUAGUGGAUUUUAGCUAAUAGUGAUUAGUUGCUUACUAUCUUCGACAGAGUGUCCGCUUGUGCGUACACCGUGUGUUUCACGAAGAUCCCCCGGCUGAAUAAUUCGUGAACAAGUACUACUAUACGCUCACAGUCUGCGCACACAGAAAAGUGCGUGUACCGUCAUUGCAAGAUACUUUUGUGUUUCCUUCGAGAAAAGCUGCAAAACAAUUCUUCAGUCAUCCAGCUGACUCCAUCAACGAAGUACGCGCAGUAUAGGUUUACUAGACCCGCGUCGUCUUGUCAUUGGUCGUAAAUUUCGCCCAGUGCGUCUCGCGCUGGGGAUUAUAACGCAUGACUCGACGAUCCUCUCGUCGUACUUAAGGAACCCGGUGCCAAGAUUUCAUUAUGUGUGUGUUCUGCGGCUAGUCAGUUUUAGAAUUAUGGGCUCAUCGCUGAGUUCCUCAGUGUACAGCUCAUAUACCGAAGCGCACCACAAGAUUUGUGUGGAAGGUUGUAAAGGGAGUUGACGGGAACCGAAUGGUGUUAACGCGAAAAAUGACCCCGUUGCCGAGGAUGAGAGCUAGCACUUUCUUGUCAGUUAAUUGGGUAAGUAGGCUACUCUUUUGGGUAAAUUACGAUAUCGUCUAAUGUCUGCUCCUCCGAGUCUGCUUACACCGACGUGGGAUUAAGCUCGAUUCUUUCACAAAAAUAUCCUUACAGAUUCAGCGCACCAAAGGCCCCUUCUGCAGCUUACGAGCACCUGAAACGUUCCGUGUACAACUCUCCCAGAAUUGAAUCUCACUACACUUAACGGGACAGUCGCAUCCGUUCCAGUGCAUUUCAAAACUCCAGUGACAUCUUAUUCCUCGUGGACCACUGACCGCAGUAUCGAAAAUCCGACGCGAAAGAGUGGCGUAUGGAAUACGUGACAAGAGCGGACGCCGGAUGUUGAGACUGUGCCGGAAUCCCCUCUCUGGAAAAAAAAAGGCGGAAACGUCAUUCCCAACACCACCAAUCAAGCACGACCUUGAGAAAAGGAAUGCCUUGGCCGUAUGGGCAUCUGGACGGCAUCUUUCUCCUCUGUGUGCCGCCCUCUCACUCCCCCGGUUAAGGAGUGACGUCACGUCGCCGGAGUCUCUGCAGCUGCGGAAGCAGCGAUCAUCUUUAAAAUUCCUUUAUUUAAUAUCUUUCUUUUCGGACGAAAAAAAUUCGCCAAGUGUGGGCGAACAUAGUGGUAUCGGUUCCGGAUGCGACCGUCCCAAAAACGAGAAAUAUUUCCCCGCAUUUAAAGUAGCACAGAAGUCAUUUUUAACACCCAGUUUUCUUCCUAUAAAACUGUUAAGUUUGCCAGUAAGAUGCACCAUGCGAAGUAAUUUACACCACAGAGUCAUAAUUUUCGCAGAAAUUGAAUUUAAAAUACGCCGCAAAAAGCGACCGUGCGCAACGGUGGUGAAGAGCAGUACCAGCCUGUGAUCUGCCUGGAACCUCGCGCUGACGCUAUAAGGAGAACGCUCGCUGAUUGGCCUAGAGAAAUGUUGUCUGCUACUCCGCUGUCGUCUGCUACUCGGCUGUUCGGGGUUCUGAUAAAGCCUUUCUGCUUGCUCGGUAAUGCUUCGGCCGCUCCUUCUAUCCCCAAUUCUCCGGGAGAACUGGCAAAACAGGUUUACGGCGGCAAACGGACAAUGCGCUGACCCCGACUGACCGGCAAACCAGAACGCGUCUCCUUAUGCCGUCAUCGGUGACGUGCCAUCAUACCUCCUCAUCCUCGUUAUAGCUGGAGUGGCGAGUUAAGGGUGAAGGCGCGGAGCUACGUUUAUGUGAGUUUUUUUCUGGGAAACAAAUUGCACACAUCAAAACCUUUCGCGCUAUUCGGUAUAAUGACACACACACUUUCAUCAGAUGUCUUAAUCUGAAAUUUUUUUGGAUGGCCUUCUGUACUCCUUUAAGCCCAAAAAUUAGUAUCCUAAGUAUACGAACAGAAGGUGAAGAACUCGGCUGGAAAAAUAAAUAAAUAAAAAGAUGUAGAAAAUACCGAUGAUGUUGAGAUUAGUCAGGCAAAUUUGCAGAGAUUUGUCAAUGUCUUUACUCUUGUCGGCAACAGCACUUGUCCUUUAUGUUCCUGAAGCUCUCUCGGGUGGACUCUCGUGGAGUCCUUCCUGCGCAAACAUUACGCAGUCUUCAGAGUGAUUUUCAGACGACGUUCCGAUGCAGGGAUACCUCCCCUGCUAUGUAUAUAACACGUGCUUCCAACGCCGAAGAGUAACAUCGUUUGUGCACGUCCGCAGCGUUGGAGGCGUUGAAUCUCAUCGAUGUUGAACCGGACUCAGUGGGUACAGCCACUCCAUCUAGUGUACAGAUAUGCUUUCCUUAUGGACAUUGGAGCCAUGUUCGAACGCUCCGUGAACAGCUUGUUGACGCGUGGAAAAUAAAGAUUUCCAAAACAGGUA